AUGGCUCUCGCAGAAGCACUCUUCUUUUCUGGGCCCUUGGUGCCGUUACCAUUGUUGUCACUGCUGUUGCCGCCGCCGUUGUUAUUGCUAGGGGUGCUGUCGUUGUUACUGUUGGGCGCUGUUGGUGUCGCCGAAGGGCUCAUCGUAAAGGAUGUGGUCGAGGAGCUCGUGGUCUGUUGCCAGCCGGGACAGCUCGAUUGGCUCGAGGGGCAGAUGGUUGUCUUGCUCACCGAAGUCGUGUAUAUAGUCGAUGUGCUGCUAGUGAUUGUAGGUGGGGAAGACGAUGUGGUGGUUCCAGUUGCGGUCGUUGAUCCUGGCUGGGCGCUGGCUGUUGCUGGAACGACUGUGGUAGAGAUGGCAGCUGUGGUGGUCACCACAGUUGGUUUUCUCUCGUCCCAGGCACAGUCCUUGUUUGUUGUUGGGCAGGCGAUUAUGGUGGUUGCUCUCGUUGUGUAUAUUGUGGAGGUGCUAGAAGACCCUGAGGCGGAUGAGGUAGAGCUGGAGGUUGAAGAAGUCGUAGUUGAUCUGGUAAAUAUUGCGUUAGAAAAUGCUGACACGGCCGAGGGCAACAGAGUGUUUGUGCUAAUCUGUGUGGUAAAGACGGUUGAUGUUGUCGAGGUGCUAGCCGAGGAGGUGGUUGUUGAAGAAGAAGAAGAGGAGGAGCUUGUUGAAGAUGAAGAUGUUGUCGAAGAGGAUGUCGAUUGCGAUGAGCUGGUGUUGCUGCUGGAUGAGGUAGAUGAGCUCGAAGAGGUUGAUGAGGCAGUUGAAGAUGAGCUUGGCGUCGUUGUGGCUGUAGGCGUUGUAAUCCAGCGUGUUGAUGAGAUUGGUUCGUUUGUUGUUUGCGAAGCAGAUGUUGUAGUCGAAGUCGUAACCGAGGUGCUGGUAGAUGUGGUUUCUGAUGAUGUAGUCGAGGUUGACGAUGAGGAAGUUGAGCUUGAUGUGGAGCUAGACGACGAGCUGGAAGUUGUAGUAGCUGACACGGACGCCGGGGUUGUAGUAGAACUUGUUGUUAUGGAUACUGGCGGGAUGAGCGGGGAGCUAGUUGAAGUGCUGGAAGUAGAGCUGGAAGAUGUUGUGCUUGUGCUGGUGGUGGUGGAGCUGGAAGUUGACGUUGAUACAGAGCUUGUUGAAGAGGCAGAGCUUGUUGAAGAGGCAGAGCUUGUUGUGGGCGCAGUGCUUGUAGAUGCAGUGCUUGUCUCAGACGACGUGCCAGUCAAAGACGACGUGCUAGUCGAGGAAGUAGUUGAUGCAGGUGGUGAACCUGGCAGCGGAGUGGAAGUCGUAAGCGGAGAUGUAGAAGUUGUACCAGCAGACGUUGACGACACAGCUGUACUAGUGGAAGUCGACGCUGGACUUGUGGUGGUUGCACUCGAGCUAGCCGUGGAGCUGGUGGAGGUUGAGUUGAUGCUUCUGCGCUGA